GGCAACUGGGAGAGACGCUUUUUGCUCACGGUGGAGGCUACUCAACAACACUGGAAGUUACGGUCGAUAUUUUGUCGUUGUCGGGGUCAAACAUCUAGAUCAUCAUUAUCCCAAAGGAAACUAGAGUGAGGUUUGUCUUCCGAUUUUAACGGUUAACGUCAUUUAACUGAAGUGCAAGCCAGCAAUGAAUGCUAACUUUGGUUAGCUUAGAGCUUAGCUAAUGUUAGCUACUCAAACUAACUUGAUAAUUGGUCACAUAAUGGUACUUACUUUCAUUGUAGCUAUUAGUCCUGAGUAAAUUUUAUUUAUCACUCACUCAUUUUGAUCUACCAUGUGUUUCUGCGGUCGGUAGAGAACUAACGUUUUAUACAAAUUCACAUUAUACGAAAUCACAGGAUGCUAUUUAAGGACACGUUCACGAAUUAACACGAGAUUUCGCUGUUUUUACUACUCAUAAAAACAGCUAACUUUAUGCAAACAAGGUUCCACAAUUUAAUAGGCAAUUCAAAGACUGCACCAUGAACAACCAUGCAUGACACAUUAGUAUCAAUUUAACGCCAGUUUUCACUCCCUGUCAUUUCUCCAAUGCAGAGAGGAGUUGUGGGGACAUGGCGGUGUAUUUUGACCACCGUAUCGAGUCCCCUGAAAGCAGUGGAGUGCCCUCUCAGUUGACCUGGCACCCUGCUCUCCCAGUGCUGGCUGUAGCGUCAAACAGCCCAAGCACUGGAGGCCAUGUAGACAUCUACCUGCAGCAGGUAAACCCUCACUCAUUAAAAAAACACACCCAGUGAUAUUCACACCAUCACAGCCGACAUUACAAAUUUUUUAUACCCAUACAUCGCUGUUUAUCUGCAGGGGGAGCAUGUAGAAAGCUGUCAUUUGGAGCGUCCUCAUCAGCCCACAGCGCUGCGCUGGCAUCCCACAAAACCAGUGUUGGCACUAGGCUGGGAGAGUGGUGAAGUGAUGCUGCUGACACACCCAUCUGGGGAUCAAACAGUUCUUCCAAGCACACACACAACCUGGAUCACUCUGCUGGAGUGGAGUAGCUCUGGCAGCCGCUUAGUGACUGGUGAUCAGGUGAGUACGUUCAUAUCAAUGCACUGAUGCAUAGCAUUGCACAGGAAUAAAUGUACAUUUACAUUGUUUUCUGGGAAUGCUUAUAUCCAGGUGUGUUAUCAACAUGGCAUAUUUGGCGUGUCAUAACAGGGUAUCAAAUAAAUGUUUGUGCGCUUACAUCCUGGAGCAAUUUACAGAGUGCAUUUAUUCACGUUUUUUUAUUUUUUUUUUAUGACAGACUGGUGCCCUGGCAGUAUGGAAGAUAGAUGCAAGAGGCAGACUUCAGGGAAACCAUCUUGUGAAGCAUGAAUAUCACAAACCUUUGACCUGUUGCAUAUUCAGACCUUCUUCACCAGGGGAGUAAGUAUGCAAGAUGUAAUACUUCUGCCUGAAAACACUGGAUAUCAUUAAUCCUUCAUGAUCUAAAUAGUGUGUUGUUGAUAAUCUGAUUUAACUUACGUUACAGUGAUGUAGCAAAGCUAGCACGGGCAUCAGUGAGUGGAGAUGAAAGUGCAUUGGACAUGUUCAGCUGGAAGGGAGCGCCUCUAAAGAUGGGCCCACAGGAGGGACUGGCCUUCUAUGUUAGCACUGCAGAUGGUAGGAGUUUACAUUCUUCUCUAUUUCAGGUACAUUUUUGUCUGAGACCACAAGUAUUCAGUGGGCAAAAUCAUCAAGCCCACCUUAGCGGGUUUCUGUUCAUUGAAAUCAAAACUCAGUGUUUGUACAAAAUGAAUAUAACCCAAGUCUCUGCAAAAUGAGUUCACUGUGGUCUAAUCAGAUGUAAGCAGGAGGUAUGUGAACUGGGUUUCUGACAGGUUAAGCAGGACCCUGACACCUGUGGCUUUGUCUCCCUGGAACUCCUUUUAGCAGAUUGAUUGACAUGUGUGAUCGGGUUGUUUUUAUAGAGUUUGGAAUCAGACUCAAAUAUUUAACAGUCUGGUAAACAACAAGAAAGCGGUCAAGAAAAUAUCUUUAUUUACACCUUGUUUCUUUCCUGUACUGCAGGUAAGGUCCACUGUGUGGAUGAAUACUGUAAGACAAGCACACUUCUAAGUGUGGAGGGCUCAAUCAAGAAGCUGUUCUACCUUGAGAAAAGAGAGGUGCUUGCUGUAAUCACAGAGACCAUGAUGUUGUCACAGUACACUCUUGGACCUGAGGGGGGAGCACAGGAAUUCAUGAAGGUAAACUGAAGUGAUCAAGGAUUUUAAUUUGUUGUAAUUUGUCUGUAAUAACUGUAAUAGUCCCAAUGUAAGAGGUGGCUCAUUCUAUGGAUGACUGCAGUUACUUCCUCAGGUGUUUAACAACUGAAGAUUUUGGUUUGUGUUUUGAUUUUUUUUUUUUUGUAUGACAGGUUAAGUUGAGCAGCAGUAGGACUGAGCAAAAUAUAGACAUUGUCUGGACAGAGAACGGCCUUCUCAUUACAGCUUCAGGGGAGCUUGUUAUCAGGUCAGUUAACACACACCUUGUUCACACACUUUGCACAUCUCUAUUUUAAACGUUGGUGUCAUCAUCUUUUAGGCUGUGGGACCUAGAGCGGGAUGACAACUAUGUUUUGCCUCUUGAUGAGACCCUGGGCUUCGAGAAAGGAGAAAUGAUCAACUGUGUUUCAUAUUGUGCAGGAAAAGGUAGCCACAAAUGUUUGUCAAGUUGUGCUCAAUGCGCUCACAAUCGAGAACUAAUUAUUAUUGUUUUUCUAUUGACAGAAAUCCUGGCUGCUGGUACCACCCAUGGUCGCAUAGCAAUAUGGAGGAUGGUGGUGCAGCCAGACAACAGCAGAGGUGAUGCCAAGGCUCAGUGGAAGCUACAGACACCCACAGAAGUAGAGGGAAACGUCACACAACUACAGGUAUCAUCUGGACUUUAUGUAUUUAAACAGUACAAUGGGGUGAAUGAAGUGAUGACAUACAAACAUAGAGAGAUUCUUCUCUUUCAGUGGGGCUCCAGCUUGAAUCUGCUGGCAGCCAACAAUUCCAACACAGUGCUGAUUCUGUGUGAGCAUGUGAUGUCAGCCCACUUCAGUCAGCAGGUGGCAGCAGUGCAGCUCACCCCAACCCAGCUUAGCAUCACCCAGUUCCCUGCAGGGGUGCACUUGGCACUGCAGUCUGACAGACACAUUAAGGGAGUGUGUGUUUCCAAGGUAAGUGUGGAACUAGAAGUGAUGAAGUUACUCCAAACCCCAACAAAGUUUUUGCUUGUGGAAAACAAAAAUUAGGUCAAAGUAACUAUUUGCUGUAAUAACAACAGGAUUCAGUGACAGUCUGGAGCGGCAAACAGGUCACAGUGUACGAGCUCUCAGGGACAGUUCUUCGCAAUACAGGUACAACACAGAAAGUCUACCGAACAAAACAUACCUUUAUAAUUUUGACUUUUCAAAAUCUUUUUCUCUUUAUAAAUCUUUGCCUCUCUCUCUAAACUCUCUUUAUCCCAUCUCUUGCCCCAGGAUCCUUUCCUUGUGACUCCCAUGUUGUAGCUGUAUACGAUGAGAAUCUCUACACUGUUGAACCUAACAGAGUCCAGAUCCGCACACCACAGGUCAGAGCCCAACCUGAGAAUAUUCCCUUCAAAGACAAACCAGCUGUCAUUGCUUUUUUAAAAGAAUUGAUCAGACAUAAACACACAGGCAGCUCUUUUUAAAAGCGUACAUCCAGUUCACUGUCUGACUUUGUUUUUCUGUCUUUAAUUCAGGGCACUGUGAAGCAACUUUUGACUUUCUCCAAGACAGAAGGCAAUCCUGUGAUACUAAAUGUGUGCCAGUCUUACCUGGUGGUAGGCACAGAUACUGCACAUAUACGAGUGUUUGACCUCUCACGAAGGUAUGAUUGUAAAAUGAGUGCUUGUUUUAUCAACUUAAUUAGUAAAGGAAUGGUAGCUAACCUACAUUUACCUUUACAUUUAAGAUGUGUGCUUAUUGUCACUGUCUGGGUCCAAUAACUCAUCUUCACUUUCUGUGUUCAUAGAGAUGCUAAAGCUCACUGCGGCGCUAAAAACCUAGCUGAGCAGAUUUCUAAUUUAGGAGCCCUGAGAUCAGUCAAAUGUAAUGCCAAUGGCAGCCAAGUUAGCAUCCUCAUUUCCCAGGUGAAUAAUGACAGAUUUUUCCACACUCAUUUCUUGUGACUAUUUCCCCUGACUAAUGUGGAUGUAUCUCCUCCUCUCAGGUUAACGGUCGACCUGAUCACAAAGUGUACUUUUACGACGUCGAGAUGGACACUGUGACACACUUUGACUUCUUCAUCGGCAGACCGUCCAGCUCUAUCUCACAGCCUGAAGAAAGAGAAAGGUGACUAGUGUCCCCUUCAAAAGCACUGCCUCUCUAGAGUUGUCUUCCCUUGUUGUCUUACACAGCGCUUGUCUCCUUGGUAUUUCAGGCAGCAGUUUCAGAUGUCAGAGCUUAGUGGCCGCUGCCCCGUAUCUCACUUCUGGGAUGAGUCUGAGCCUCGUCUUUUUGUGUGUGAGACGGUGCCGAUCAGCUCUGAGUCCUCAUCAAGCAGUUUCAUGGACACGGUAAAGAGAACUCCUGAACUUUUAUACAGCUUGUGCCAACUGACCAAUUUCCACUAAAGGCUACUAGUGCCAAAAAACACAUUUGUUCAGCUCUGUGGCCUUUUUGAUGUCUUCUGAUUCCUGCACUUAAAAAAGUAAAAUGAUUUCAAGUUGGCUGUGUUUUGACACUUUUGCACAGAUGGAUGUGUCAGUGGUGACGCUCUUCUGUACACAAGAGCACGGGCUGCUCCUGCAGGACUACUACCUCAAACCUCUGGGCCUGCUGGGACUCCUUGCUCUGGAUGUUCCUUAUUAUUAUUUCAGCUGCAAGGUGAGGACUGGGAACACUCUGUUCUGCCUGUAGGGGGGUAGUGUUUUUUUUUUUUUUUUGCACAGAAUGUUUGAUUUCUUCUUCUUUUUGUUUGUACCUAUCACCUCUUUCUGUUUGACUUUAUGUUGGUUUCAAACACCCCAGCUAUUAUUUCGGAGGGGGGGUGACUUUCGACCAGAAGUAAGUCUCUGUCCUCUGUAAUCCAUUCAGACAGCUUCAGCGUUCCUCCCCCCCUACAGUCGUGGUCAUGCACGCCUUGUGCUGCAUUCAAGCAAACAACACUUGCUUGGUCUCAAGCUACAGCAGCACAAGAGCACCCUUGAAAUAUUUAAGUGUAAAUUUCUGUGUCCAUGUCCCGUCCUCUUUGUUAAAGUCAUGCUUUGUUGUGUGGCUUGCUUUGCGUCUUAUCCUUCUAAAGUCCUCUGAUUUUUUUUUUUAUGUACUUGACUUUAAGUGAUCCACACAAUCACAUUUUCUCACAUUGUCCCACCCGUUCUUCCCCUGCUCAGCCUGGCCAGAGAGAUCAAGAUUUAACAGAGGUUGUAUCCAAAGCAGCCGCACCUCCGCACCAACCUCAGCCGUCAAGAGGGCCUGCUGCCCAGUUCCCUAACAUGGUGUCCAGACGAGCUCUUAGAGACUUUGUGGGCCUGGAAAACUGUGAGAAGGCCACUCGUGAUGCCAUGCUCAAUUUCAGCUUCUACUUGACCAUAGGUGACAUGGACGAAGCUUUCAAGUCUAUCAAGCUCAUCAAAAGGUAAGAGGCUAAGGUGUGCAAACCAAAGUGCAAAGUGAGGAGGAAGUGCGAGAUGGUGUUCUUGCCCCCCCCUACAGCCCCCCUGUUUACAUUUUUUCCCAGUAGUGUUUGUCACGGGGGCUUUGGUUCAAAGGGAUAGCUUUGUUGCCUCAGCCUUGACUUCUCAGAAUACUCUACAAUGGUGGCAGUAGGAGAGCUGCUUCUAGCUAAAGCUGAGAAAAAGGCAUUGUUGCUCCUUUUUCACCCGACGUUUCAUUCAGCACCUUCGACUGUCGAGGUCAACAUAAAGGAAAACUACCACAAUAGUCUUGUUACCUCAACUUUGAUAUGUUUGACAGGUAGCCGGGCAACAAACAUGGCCUAUUUUGUUACUUUCAAGUAUUUUCUUUUCCCUAGGCAAGAUCAAGAAGGUUACACUCGAAAGGUCAGAGAAAAGAAAACCCACAGCAUUUUAUCGAUCUGUGAAGAGGUUGAUACAGAAUGAAAACAAAAAAGGCAGAUUUUAUUCAUUCCUAAAAGUAAGAUUUAGUUUCUACACAUUUGAACAUGCAUUAAUGGACUCAAGCCCUUAAAGCUGACCAGCCUUCCUCUCCAUACAGGAAGCAAUAGUAAAUGGAGUAGCUGUCAGUGGCCAUGACAUCCUUUUAAUCCAGGACAAAGACAAAGACAGCUAUAGUUUUCUUCUGCCAAUCGUACACAAAUUAUGAAUAAGCUUGGGUAUGUGACAGAUGAAUGAUAUAAGAGACACAGCUUAAAAUAAAAGGAUAGAAUUUAAUCAGAGCACAUCUUUUAGAGUCAAACAUACAGGACAUGAUUAAGGACUUUUUUCGGUGUCUCUGCUCCGGAAAGGAACUCCUCAAUGUGUAUAUAUGUGACUGUUUCUGUUAGUGUGUGGGUGUGUUCGGAGGGGAUGUACUUUUCUAAACACACAAGGUCCCACUGCCAGUUUGGACCAAGAGGAGUGUCUUUUCCAUUCUUGCGAACGUUGAAUCAGGUCACUUGAAGGAUGUGAGUGUUCGGUCCUGAAUGUAUGUCUUGGGGAAAUGCACAUGUGAUUCCAGCGAAGAUCUGAUAUCAUCUUCUGCAGAAUACGUGAUGAUUCAGGGUGCUCAGUCUAAAUUCUGCUCUAGUGCUGCUUUUUUGCACGUACAAACGGUACGCUAAUGUGAAAAUAGACUAAAAACAAACAAAUGGGAAAACAGCGUAUCCCACCGGCCGGAUAUUCCACAGAGUUUAAUAGGCAUGAUGACAGCUUUACGAAGUUAGUCAUUGAUGGCUAUUUUUACUGCUGCUUCUUUUUUCAAAGAGAUAUGUAUUGUGUUUGAUUCCCGCAUAUCUCCACCCACAGGAAUAUGUGUUUCCUGCAGCAGUAACCUGUACCUUUCCUGGACUUACUCCUUCAGCACAUGAAUUUGAGGUUGUACAAACGGAUAUAUGGGAUGACUCCUCGUUUAAAGCGUGUUCAUGUGCCUGGAUGCCGUAGAUCAAGUGGAAAAAUUCUGUAGUUUUGAAUUAACUUUUUUCAAGCAGAUAUCCUUGCUGUGGUACUCCCUGUGACACUGAAAGCUGUCAGAUACAGGUUGGAAUGUCUGUCUUCAGUCCACACUGUUCUACUUCCUCUCAUUCAUGCUGUCCUUGACUUUAGGUUAUAUGCUGCUGGGUUAUCUGCCCUCAUAAAUACAAGUCUUCUAAUGCUUCUCGAGCCUCUGCAUUUGUUAAUUCAAAGACAAACGCCCCCUUUUCCAUCAGGUACACCCAAGGGAGUGUUUUAGCGUAAAGGAGAGACUGAUGGAUCAUGUUGAAGUCAUCAGUUUUGGCUGUGGUACAUAGACUUAAUUUAGACUCCAUACCUGGUCUUGAAUAAAUUCUGAUAGCCAAUUGACCUCCAAAAACAUAAAGAAAAGAAAAAUACAAUUAGUGGAAAACACACAUUUUUGACGUUUUACCUUCUCUUUAAUGUUUGUUUUUUUUCUAAACUAAUGCAUCAAAUGACACGUGUUUGCAAAUCUAUGUGUAUAAGUUUAGAGUGCCCCUCUUGUUCCUCUUUAGUUCUUCAGCACAGACUGUAAAAAACAUCCCAAGAGGCAUAUCCACUGGUUUCUGAAAAGAUGUUACAGAGUUGUAAAUGCUGACCUCAUCUUGCUCCUGGCUGCUCUAGAAACCAGCAGAGAGGGGUCCGUGCCCUGUGUCUGGAAGUUGUGCUUUGGGUGAGCGGUUCAGAUUUGAUUCCUGUCUUGCUCUGUUAACUGUCCGGUGUUCUCUAGGGAAGGCGGUUUAAAGCCCCCAAAUAUAUUUGAAGAAAUAAAACCAGCGAAGAAAGAAUAUAAUCAUUUCAGAUGGGACACUAAAAUCCCCCUCUCCCCAUAGAGUCUUCAUAAAUGAAGAAAUGAGGUAUAUAGACAACAACCAGGCUGUAAUAAGUGGCAUUUUAGUAAUGGCUCCAUGGGGUUUCCAUGACUCUUGGAGCCAGCCUUAAGUGGACACUGCAGCUUUUUUACUUGUACUCCCUUUUUGACUUCAUUUUCAACAAGGGAGGUUGCUGCUUGCUGAAACUUGAAGUUUUUAUUCCACAGAAGAAGACCCAAAUAGCUGUCACUUGGCUGCAAAGCGACAUAUUGAAAUUUGUCGUAACGCUGGUCACCAAAACAGCAGCAACAACAAGCACUGCGUUUGAAUAUUUGCUCAAUAAAAAUUUAUUGAAUUCAUGUUACAUCAUUAUUCUCUUUUCAAUAUGCCCCUAUGUUUGGCAACGUGGAACAACCAAAAAAAGCAUUGAUAUGGUCAUAAUAAUAUUACUACCAAUAAUAAUACAUUUCUUUAUAAAAAUAUUAAUUUAAGUGUACAUUUGGUACCUAAAGCAAGCAGAGUUUCCCAUGGAAAGCAUCAUGGUGAAUGUAAAUAUUGAAAUGUGAAUUUCAUAAUGCAGUACAUUGCUGAAAUAUUUGUUACCUUCAGAUUACACAGAAAGGAACAAACACGUUUGAUCAUAUUUAUGAAUUGGCAGGCCAUUUUAUUGUAUUCUUUAGCAGUUAUUGUGAUAUGUUUGUUAGGUGAAUUGGUCACUCUAUAUUAUCAUUAAGCAUGAGUGUGUGCAUGAAUGGUCAUUUAUCUCUAUAUGUUAGCUUUGUGAUUGACUGAUGAUCUGUUAGGGCUGGGCGAUAAACCAAAAAUAUACUGAUACCGAAAUUUACAAUAAGCAACAUCAUUUUGCCCAUGUCUAUUUAUACUCAGUGUCAAAAAAAUGAAGAAAUAAAUGUUGGUUUUGGAUAUGUGUAGGUAGGCUAAGGUCUUGUGUCCCUGUCCUACGUCAGAGACGUGACUCCACCCCAUCCAGUCUGUAACAAAGAGGGAAAGACAGGUGAGGAGAUGGAGGACCGUUCAAAAGUUGUAGCGGCUGGAGAAGCGGCUGAUGUAGACAAAGAUAAUGUGGGAGGCGGUGAGCAGCUUGUGGAGUAGUUAUCGUCCAUUUAUCGUUAUCAAGGUGAACUGCUCAAUAUAUUGUGAUAUUAAUUUGAGGCCAUAUCCCCCAGCCCUAUGAUCUGUUCAGGAUGUACACAUCUCUUGCGCACAGCUGUUAUAGGCCGCUUAAAGGUUUAUAAGCAGUAAAGAUAAUAGAAGGAUGGAUUAUUGAUACAGAUUUAUUCAGUUAAAAUAUCACCUCUUAUUGGCUGUUGUUAAUUUUACCUCUGAUCUUGAACACCAAGUCCUAAAACUUUGUCUCAUUUGCUUUCACUUUGUUCAUUUAUCUACUUACUUGAAGCCUUUACCUAUAACAGUUACAUGUUUUCACUUGUGAGGUAUUCUGGUAUUACAUUUAAAUAUUUGAUCAUUUCCAAUUAUGACUUUGCAGGAGGCCAUUUAAUAAGUGCACAUUUAAAAAAUAAGUCAAGUUCCAGCUUGAUCUUUUCAUCGGAGGGUGUUACAUGGACAGUCCGAGUUCAUUUUGAUAUUUAGCAAACAGUUAGCUCAUCCAAGCAUGAGUAACUGAAACAUCAUUCAGUUUUUUAUAUGUGUUUUUUACGGACUGUUUAAAAAAAAAAAAAGGUUAAAAUGUACACUAAGCAGCAAAACUGAUAUCCUGUUACAGUGGAACAAGUUAUGUAGAGAAAUAUAGUUUUACAGAUGCAGGUCAAUGUCAGUCCUUUUCUAGUCAGAGUCACAUGGUGUCCAACACGCUUCAUCUGCUUACAAAGUGAGGCGCCUCAGCAUGGUGACUCCACAUAGUCAUUGUCCAGUCGUGGGCGGAAAGGCGAGGCCAGCGAGCGACUGAUGAUAAUAACCGGGGGUGCGAGGCAGUCAUCUCGUCGAUGUAAAAUGUUCCAGAUGAGCAUGGCCGCAGCCAAGGUGGCUAGCAGGCAAGCAGCUAUGUCCAAGUAGCAGGAGUAAGACAGGUGUGUGUAGGGCCCAAUUCUGUAGAAGGUCACAAGUCCAAUCACCAGAACGAAGCCUGCCGAGAGCACAGGGAGAAAAUAAGUGAAUCAGAUGAACCAGAACCUGUUAUUGACUUUUUUGUAUCAGAACUCUGUCUCCUAAUGAUACUUUUUUUUUAAAUAAAUAUCCAUCCAAUAGCAUCAGUAGAUCACCUGUGAACAACAGAGUUUACAUUUCCAUACAGCAUGUUUAUAGCUCAAUACUGGUCACUUUAAAGAAAUAUUCUUCAGGCACUCUUGAAAAGUUAAGGAACAUAAAGUUAUCUUUCAUAAUGUGUUCGUACUUUUUGAAUUCUCAUAUGAUCAAAUUUAGACGUUCAUCCCCGAGGCUUUGUACCCAGCAGUUCAGCAGGAGCGCCGUAUGAGGCCUUUGAAAUUGAAAAUCUGUUUCCUCCUAGGAAGGACUUCAGAGUUCUAAGAUCAAAGUUCUCGAUAGCUUAAAAAUAUCAGAGCAAGAGUAUAGGCCUUUGAGAUGUUUUAUCUCUUGAUUUCUUUGAUUCACAGGAGUGUAACUCACGCAAUGAGGAACUCCUGUUUGCAUGUGAAGGUAGAAAGCCCCAGCCUUUAAAUUCAUGCUGUUUGUUUGAUCUCUGGUUUGUUUGAUCGACAUAAUCUGCAGUAAAAAGCUACUACUGGUGCUAACAAUCAAUGCAAUGCAAGAUUCCUGCAGAUCAUCUUUUAUUUACUAUAUAAAAUUCUUGAACAUUGACUAAAAACAAUGGCAUAAAUACAGGAACAGAAAAGGGUCCCUUGAAAUAGAGAUGUUUGUUCUCAGGAUAUGAAUCGGUGGAUUUCCUAAAGAAGUAAGCAGCUCCAAGGAGGGAUUUCAUCUGAAUUUCUUUCUCCACUUCCGCAGUAUUUGUUUUAAGUGAGGAUGUGAAUUGUAGUGUGGUGCAUCAUUGCGUGCCUGUACUCAUAAGAAUGCGACUGUUUGCGCCAUCUCUUCGUGUUGAACCUGUCUGGCUCCUGACCCAAGAAAAUGAAUAAUCUCCUGUCCAGGUUCCAGCCUGGGUGGGCUGUGUGAACCUCUUUUUUGGCACACACUUAUCUUUCAAAACUUCCUUCCCCUUCUUCCUCUUUCCAUCCUUCCUUCCUUCCCUGCUCUCCACACCCCUCGCAUGGAGGUUAAUAUAUUUGCUGGACAUUUGACAUGAUCUGUCGCAUAGAAAAUCUAAACAAGUCUUAUCUUGAGGUCAGGUCUUGAAAAUUCAUUUAGUCGACUUGUUCUUGGUUUAUUUUCACAGAGGACAGAAAUGAUUAGGGACUAACCCGUCUGGAUGUCUUUCUAAACUUUCAUCAGUCCUUUAGACAAAGACGUCUGGAAAAAGUUAAACUCCUUCCUAAGCCUGAUUGAAGUGAUCAUAACUGGGCCCCCCAGAUGGAACUCUUCAAAAUGUAAAGACAAGUUCAACACUGUCUCCGAUUGACAUGACCUGCAGCCAUGACUUUUGACAUGUUAAAGCUGUCUCCAUUCAGAAAACACAUUCCAGAGAUCCCAGCUGUACUCUCAGCCUGGACCUGCCAAGGCUGCUGAGAUAUCACUGAAUAAAACCAGAUAUUGUUAUUCCACCGUCUGCUUACAAUGGCUGAGCAUUUUAGUACGUCUGAAAACGAAAACAUUCCAGAGAAAGAAGAUGGAUAAAAAUACCUCCAUUCAUUCACAGCUGAAAGUCAUUCACUGUCAGCUGGAGGGGGUGUUAGGAGUUUAGAGGAAUCCUGGUGUUUAAUUUAGCAGUUCCAGAGGACAGCACUCAAUUAAAUGUUCAAGACAAUACCAUAUCUGAAAUUCUUCCCAAAUCUCAACAGCUAAUUCAUGGAUGGAAAAAAAAUGUGAAAAUAUUGGUAACCGGAUUAGGUUUAAAAACUGUCCAUGAGCACACUUCUUAGCCUUAUUUAUACAUAUGUUGUUGUUUUUCAGGAAAUAUCCUGAAUAUUUGUUGGAGAUAAAACUGAGACGGAUUUAUAUGUUUCCCUGUAGAUGUUGAAUAACUUUUCAUCACUUUGGAGAAAUGUGCCCCCCUUUUGUAAAUUUAGACAAACUCUCAAAAUUUAGCAAAUUUGAUUAAUUUUAUGUUAUAUAUCAAAAUAGUAACAGUUUGUUAAGCAACUCAUUGUCUUAUUUGAAAUUCCUAAGUUCAUUCUUCAAUACUUUAGAUUUUAAUUUGACCUCAAAACAAUUGCACACCUCUCAAGCCUGCAAAAUGUUUAUUUCCUUAAAAAAUCAGUUACCUGCUUGUUAGAACGGCCAGUCUAACUUAAGUAAAUGGUAAAUAGGCUGUGUUUAUGUAGCACUUGAAUACGUUUUACGUCACAUGUCACAUUCACCCUCUCACGCUACAUUCAUACACUGAUGCCAGAGGCUGCUAUGGAAAGUGCCCUUUAGUAUUAAUCAACCUCAAUCACACAUUGCUGGCACAGCAACCGGGACGGUUUUGGGGUCUUCCCCAAGGGCACUCCAGCAUUUGGACAGCUGGACUGAACCCCCAGUCUUUCAGUUGAGAGAUAAGCCGCUCUACCACUGAGUCACAGAAACUGAAAAAAGCAAGUAUACAAAUAGGCUGGUUUGCAAGAGACUGUUUUAUCCCAAUUUCCCUAAAGUAAGAAGUAUAAGGUAAAAAUAUUACUCAUCGUCGUCGUCUGGUCUUAAUUUUAGAGCUUAUUGCCUCCUCAAUUUUCUAUUUUUGACGGGGAACAUCCUGAGAUACUUGUCAUCCCAUUACUCAGCUCCUUUGUUGCCCAUUUUCCAAAGAACUUUGCUAUUGUUAGAUGCUGAGGAAAUAGGAGAGUACUAUUUUUACAUUUUAAUCUUAGUCACUUUUGUUACCAAUAGAAAUAGUCACGGUGACACUCUUUUAGAUCAUCACUGACCACAUUAUCAGCACAUCUAUAAACAUCCACUACCCUUGUUGGUGAUUAAGUUCAUAGGAUUUGACAUCUGUUUACUUUGCGAUUGUCUUUAAAAAUCAGGGUUUGGUGGGGUCAUUCAGGUCUAGUUGGUGGUGUUGUCUUGUUCUGGAAAGUACUUAAAUGUAGGGUGGGUCUCAGUCCCUUUACCAAAGCCAUCAGAUAAAAGCCCUCAUCCCUGAUUCUUUCAUUGCUGCUACUUUGGACAUUUGAUAAACACAGGCUUAAAAGCUAGACAAUUUUAUCUAGAUAUAGACAGUCACAACACACACUGACAUACACAAAUAUCCCCCCUGCCUGUGCACACACAAACACACAGUCUCUGUCGAAAACUGUCUUUCCCGUCCAUCCCCCCUCCCCUCUUUUUCCUUCUUCAGCUCGGGGGUUUGCAUAACAGGUAGUCACAGACAUUUCCUCGUCCUGAGCAGGGAUAUCCUGGCGCCCGACAGUCGCUCCCUGGCUCGCUGCAGCUUGGGUCCAUAGAUUCUGGACCAGGACUAAAUUUAGACCCUUAGCAGACCCCCUCCAGGCUGCUCUACCACAAUGAUACCAACUGGCUCAGCCAGCAUUGCAACACAACACAUGCUAGGAUUAGGCUGAGAGAUGGAGGUUAGGGUCAGGCCAUAGCAGCCCACUCUGGAUCCAGACAUAGUCGAGUUGAUGGAUUGAUACUUAGUGUGGAAAUUUUCUUCCUCCAUGGCUACAACUCCUGCUUUCAAGGCUUCUAUUUAAAGUCUGUUUUCCAUGAAUUUGGACUUACUUGUAGUAACAAUAUACCCUUGUGUUCCAACCAUUUGCCCAUGGAUGUUUAUCGUCAGAGUUUUAAAGUAAUGAAUCUACUUGUCAAUCAGUGACUUUAUUCCCCAUUUUUGGCACCCUUCCAUUAAAAUGUACCCAUGGCCCAUUUUUCUGAGUCAAGAUGAUUUCAUUUAAUAAGCUCUCUCUCCCAUUAAUAAAUUAUUUUUCUGAGACAGUCAUUUUUCUUCAAACAAACAAACAAUCAAAUAAAUGUUGGUACUCACUGGCCAACUGGAAGAGUGCUGCAAUGGCUUCUUCCCACCACUGAGAUUCCUGUGUGAUGAAGGGCAGCUCCAUCAGGCCCAGGAGGAAGAUCAGCUGACCAGCAGUUAGAGCCACUGUGGCCAUCAGGUUACACGCCCGCAUCAUGUCAAACUGCACUUUAGGGAUCAGAAAAGGAGCUAUGUCAUUUUUCCUGCUCAGUACUCCACAUUUAUUUCAUGGAUAUGCAACACAGGUUAUGCUAACUCUCUAUAUGAGGUCUUGAUCUUGUAAUACAGUACGUCUGUAUGGUGGAGUGAACCCUGACACUGAAACUGAAAAAAAAUACUAUGCCAAGUUUGCUUAUUAUCAUGAAUGGUGGGGCACUUGACUCUCCAACAUAAGUAGGCAGUGCCGCCCAUUGUGCCCAUUGAAGUCGAACACUGGACCUUUUCCCAGACUUGUUCUUGAAUGAAAAUUCCUCAAUGGAGCUUAAUUUAACAAAGCACAUCCAUCAAACACGGACUCUGACUGAAAGCUCGUCCAGAUAAGGCUUACACUCAGACUUGGUCUCCAAAAAGAUGUAUUUGCUUUUAAAAAAGUUUCAUAUUACUAAUCACGAGUUAGCUGCUACACUUAAUUUAACUUAGGUUACAUUCUACAUUAUAGAUGUGGUGCAUAUUAGUUUUAUUCUAAGUCUGGUUGCGUAAAAGUUUGGUUUUGAGUUUUACAAAAGUUAAUCCUUUCCGAUCCCCUAAAAUGUAAUAAAUGUAUUUUUACGUAGCUGACCCACUCUAAAUUUCUUAGAUUUUAUGGGUACUACAAAGCUUAUUAUGUAGAGAAAACCCUUUUAAACAAUAACAAUAAAUCAGUUUAACGAGAAACAGUUGUGUGCAAGAGCGCAACAGUGUUAAAACUUACAUUUGACAGUGCUGCGGGAUUCUUGGUACCCUGCAAAUUCAGAGCCCCAUCCCAAGCUCUGACACUGCUUCUGAGUCCCCUGCCCCCUUCUCCCACCCUGGAGAUCAUCACGACCCUUCUCUCCACCAGCUGGGCACAACUUCCACAGUCCCACGCUUCUCUUGCGUCCGUCCUCCAGCGCCUGCAGGACCCAGCUAGGGGUGAAGGCUGCAACAUUGUUUAGGACCAGGGACAGCAGGGCCACUGCCACCGCCGCCGCCACCAGCCUCUGCAAGGCCAUGCGACGCCCGAUGCCAGCCACCUCUCCCCCUCCCUCGUGUCCUCUCUCAGAGCCCUGUUCCUCGGCAGUAGCACUGACAGUGCUCAGGGCACCCUGACUCCUCUCCACCUCCUCCUCCACCACCACCUCGUUCUGCUCCUCCAGCUGUUAGCAAGAGUUGUCCGGGCUCAUGCAGUGGUGGAAAUGGCAAGAGUGUUUUAGUGAAGCUUAGCUAAAGAACAUCUCCAUUCAUCCUCAUUCAGGUGUUGGUAGUCGUUGCAGCAGAUCCUUAGCCUUCCUCUUCAGACAGCACUGCGGGUACGCUGGGAUUAAUCCAACUGGCACCUGGGUCCAUUCCACUGGCUCUGACUGGCUGCAGCUUGACUCUUGGAUCUCAAUCCUUCUUGCUUGAUCCCCUUUUCCCGUUAUCCUCUCCUCCUUUUGUACCACUCUGUACUCCCCUCACUGCUAUGUGUGCAGUUGACUGUUCUGUUGAUGCAAAGGAUUGGUGUCUUCGUCUCUUUUUUCUUUUCUUUUGAGCCUCUUCACAUUGCCUUUGGAGAAGACCAGGUGCAAGAAUGCAAAGACUAGAUCCUUUCUUACCCAGGCUGUCUCUCAAAUUAAACAACCCCCACUGCCUGGUUGGAAUUAGAAGAUUUUUAAACCACCUCCCUCCGCUUCUUUCCGUAUUUCCCUCUCUCUCUCUUGCUCACUCUACAAAUCCUCAAGGUCAGAGUUGAAAUGUGGGGGAGCUGCUCUUCGUCAUAGUCCGAGACAUCAAUUCACAACUGUAGCAAGCUUUGAACAGUCAGCUCCCUCUUUUGUGAACACUUUAAAUGUGUGUGUUUGUGUGAGAGAAUGUCCUAAAGACCCCCCUCUUGGACGUCACAGUUGUGUAUUCUUUUGUCUGGAGCCCAGGGGGCGUUCGCUAAAGUCCCCUCUCUCGUGUGCAACAAACAUAUUGGCGGCUGUAGUCAGCCAGCCAGCAACAGGAUGUGUUUCCUGAGAGGAAAGGAGGAUGGGAAGAGGGGCCAAAUGUAGACCAGCUCCUUCUCUUGUCUUUCCUUUUCUGGCUCUCUAGAUCUUACCGCCCUGUGUGCAGAGAGCUCUGCUUGUCCCAGCUUUUAGAAGUAUUUCACUUCAUUGUCAGGGUUAGUUUUCUGACCAUAUACAGUAAGAUUUUGGCCAACGCUUUCUGCCCUUGCUUUCUUUUUUGACUUGGCUGCCAUCCUCCCCUCUUACAGCUGGGCCCCCAAAGAUUUGGGGUAUUUCCUGUUGCCUAACUUUAAUAAACAGCCCACAUCUGUAUCAGCUAAAGCACGGAGCAGGGAGGGGACGCAAAUAGAGACCAGAUGGCUGUGGAAUCUUAAAUUUGGAAAUGAGGCAGAAGAAAAGAGGGCUGAGGGUUGAUUUACGUCAGCAAGACAAAAGGAAAAGUUGGAGAGGUAGAAGAGCGCACUUUCACUUUGAUUUAAAGGCCUGCACACAUUCUUGUAAGGCUUCACCAUUAUUGAUGUCUGUGCGCAGGGAGGCUUUAAUCUAUUAAGUUAUUACUCUGUUUAAUGCUGAAGCAUUUCCAACAGAAACCUAAGUUGAAGUAUAAACAAACAUACAUACAUUUGUACAUAAGAUGUCGCUGUUUAAUUUUACAAAACUAACACUGCAAGUUACACUUUUCUCUCUUCUCUGCAGUAAAGCGGUUUGGGAAAACAUGGCACGGAUGUGUGUGAAAACACGGCGGCUGGAUGUGGCACGUGUGUGCCUGGGGAAUAUGGGAAAUGCCAGGGCAGCAAAAGCACUAAAGGAGGCGGAGGCUGAGCCUGAGCCAGAGGCACAAGUGGCAAUGUUGGCCAUUCAGCUCGGCAUGCUGGUAAGAUUGUCAAAUAUUCAUAUGUAGAUGACACAUGCGUGGCCCCCAAUGUAAUUAGCAAAUCUUUCUGUUUUCAUAAAUGCAAAAACACAAGUGAUGCAAUGCAAACAUCUUAACAGAAGAGACACAAGAUAAAAAAACAACAAGAUCAUCCUUCCCACCUUUAUCAUAAAAUUCCCCCCAGAAAGAUUUUAAAAUUAUAACCCAUAUACACAUCUCAAACCACAGUCAAAAAUAACGCCACACCCUGACUAAAAAUAACACAUCCCUCUUCACUCCAAGCUUUGCUCUACAAGGGACUUUCCAAAAAGAUUUGUCCUUCCAUCAUCUUUUCCUGUCCCCCAAUAGGAAGAUGCAGAAAAAUUGUACAAGAGCUGUCAACGCUAUGACCUGCUAAACGGUUUCUACCAGGCAUCUGGCCAGUGGAAGCACGCUUUGGAAACAGCAGAAAACCAAGAUCGCAUCCAUCUACGCACAACCUACUACAAUUACGCCAAAUACCUGGAGUCCAUGGGUGACAAGGCCCUCGCCCUGGCAUAGUAAGACUGAGUCUUUAGCGGUCCUGACAACAAAAUUGGAGUUUCAGUGUCUUUCCAUGAACAGGCAUUAACAAACAUCAAUCAAUCAGCCAAACAGUGCCAAUUCAUAAAAAAUGUUAUCCCAAGAUGCUUUACAGAAAGAGCUGGUCUAGACCAUACUCUUGGUUAUAUUUAAAAAGACCCAACCAUAGACUGUAUAUACACUGGACAACUUGGUUCCGCCUUUCACCCGUAUACGGAUUUCCGCUAUCUUUUUUUCAUGUCCCGAAACCAACAUUGCGCAGAAGCGUUGUAUGCACUUCACCACUUGCGCAGUAGUAUUGUACACAUUCGGCAGGGGAGUCGCCGAGAGUCGCUGUGAUGACGCUCGGCUCAAACAGCGUAUCCCACGGGUGAGCUGCGCAAUCUUCGUAUGCCAAUAGGCUGUAGUCCACAUCUCCAUAUGCUUUGCUGGAAGAGACGGGAAAUAUGACCUAUACUGCAGCCCGUCGCCAGAGGGUGCUUUUCUCAGAGUGGUUUCACCCAGUGAGGAGGCAGACUCUGUCCAUUCUAUAUACAGUCUAUGGACACAACAUCAAGAUACAAUACAAUGAAGUCUCAUCUAUGGAAACACGGUGUGAUUGUCAACCUUUCUUUAACAGUUAUGAGAAAUCAGACACACACAGGGUUGAAGUUCCCAGAAUGCUCCAGGAUGACACAGGAUCUCUUGAGAUCUAUGUCAACAAAAUCAAAGACAAGUAAGUCUAGUAUUUCUUCAGAUGGAAAAGUGUCAUGCAAAUGAUUAUCAAACUGCAUACCAGUCCUCUAUUCCAUUCAGGAACAUCUAUAAGUGGUGGGCGCAGUACCUGGAGAGCCAGUUGGACAUGGAUUCAGCGCUGCGUUUCUAUGAACGCGCCCAGGAUUACCUCUCUUUGGUUAGAGUCUACUGUUACAUGGAAAACAUUGAGAAGGUAACUCAGAUUGUGUUCGGGCAGUCAUCUUGAAAGGCACAUAUUUAAUACCAAAAAGGUGUAGAUUUUUUAGACUUAUUACGGACCAGUUGACCUACCCUUAUGUCUCACAGAAACAAACAUACAGCCUUAAUGAUAUUGAUCACAAUUCAGUAUGUUGUUUCUAAUUUGGAUCAUGUUUUUGUUCAUUGUAACAGGCAUCUGAGAUAGCCAAUGACACAGGAGACAGGGCAGCUUCAUACCACCUGGCCAGACACUACGAAGGCCAUGAUGACAUCAAACAGGCUGUCCACUUCUACACACGAGCACAGGCUUACAACAACGCCAUCCGACUUUGUAAGGUAAAGUUUUGGCGGUAAAAUGUUUUGCUUAUUACCAGUAUGACAUCCCGUAAACACACAUAGACAUAUGUCUGAAGAUAGACUUUAAUUCAUCAUGAUUAUAUAUCACUGUUGGGCUGUGUGCAAACCUAAUCUAUCAAUUUUGUUGUAACAGGAGAAUGGUUUAGAUGACCAGCUGAUGAACUUAGCUCUGCUCAGUAACCCAGAGGACAUGAUGGAGGCUGCCUGUUACUACGAGGAGAAAGGCACCCACAUGGACCGAGCUGUCUCCCUCUACCACAAGGUUACGUCCAAAAAUCGGCUGUUCAGGGUCGACAAGUGUUUAGACAGAUGAGUUCUAAAUAAGGCCACAAGAGGGAAGCACUGCAACACAUUUUUAAAAUCUGUUUUUUCCUCUACUGCAGGCUGGUUAUGUCUCCAAAGCGCUGGAGUUGGCUUUUUCCACACAGCAGUUCUCAGCACUUCAAGUGAUCGCUGAGGAUCUGAAUGAAAACUCUGACCCAGCCCUCCUUGCACGCUGCUCUGACUUCUUCAUCACACACUCCCAGUAUGACAAGGCUGUGGAGUUGCUGGUAGCAGCCAAGAAGGUACUGACUUCUUGCAUCACCUUUACAUGGAGGAAUUAGCUUGUACUUGCUGUACUAAUGACUGUGUGUCUUUUAUUUGUGCACAAAGUACCAUCAAGCCCUGGAGGUGUGUGUGAACCAGAACUUGACCAUCACAGAUGAGCUGGCAGAGAGGAUGUCUAUCAUUGAUUCUAAUGAUUUGUCUGAAGAGGCUCGAAAGGAGCUGCUGGAGAGGAUAGCAGACUGCUGCAUGCGUCAGGGCAAUUACCACCUUGCCACCAAGAAAUACACACAUGCAGGAAACAGGAUCAAGGUAUAUUAAGAAAUACGUGAAAGUCAUACGGAGAUAUGUGGUUUACAAUUUAAGUCAGAAUGUUUCAGUUGUUUCAUGUUGUUGUUUCAGUUGUUUUAUGAAUGUUUCAUGUUGUAUUAAACCUAAAUGUUUUUCAAACAGGCCAUGAAGGCACUCCUCAAGUCAGGAGACACGGAAAAGAUUGUGUUCUUUGCCAACCUCUCUCGCCAAAAGGAGCUUUUCAUCAUGGCUGCUAACUAUCUCCAGUCUCUGGACUGGCGAAAACAGCCAGAGAUCUUAAAGACCAUCAUUGGUUUCUACACCAAAGGCAGGGCGCCGGAUCUGCUUGCUGGCUUUUAUGAAGCCUGUGCCCAGGUAGAGCAAUACUUUAUUUUAAGUACCUGCUAAUUCCCCUGUGUUUGUUAUUGGUGGUUGUUUGGUUAUGGGUUUACAACACGAAGGAAAGAAGGCAGUGGUCAUAAAUGACAAAAAGCAAACUUAUGUUGUUAAUUAAGUGUUACAUGAUCAUAGUAAGUAAUGAAUAAAAUAAUUAUAAUUGGAAAACAUUUAAGUGUUAGGUUUUUACCAGAGUUAAAAUGCUUUAAGGGAAAAAGCUAAAAUACUUGACAAUCAAUUUUUCUGAUGUUGACAAUUAUAAAGGUGGAGAUUGAUGAGUACCAGAACUAUGAAAAGGCUCUGGAUGCUCUGACUGAGGCAUUCAAGAGCCUUUCAAAAGUGAAGGACUCUUCAACUGGACAGCAAGAAGCAAGACUAACAGACCUGCAGCAUAAAAUCACUCUUAUCAAGAAGUUUGUCCAUGCACGCAGGUAACAACCACUCUUGUUUCAGUUGCUUUUAAAGUCUCUACUCCGAAGUUACUAGUCAGCUUCUGCUUGAAACUUUGUCUGGUGUUUUCAGGUUGUACCCAGAAGAUGCUGGUGAGGCAGUUCGGUUAUGUGAAGCCCUACUUGAGGAGCCAGAGUUGGAUCCUGCUGUCAGGAUAGGAGAUGUAUUUGGUUUCAUGGUGGAACACUACUGUCAACAGGGCAACUUACAAAUGGUGACUACCUCCCUCUAGCUUUUUCAGUGGAUGUCUCAAGAUGUAUCUCUCAAAACUAACAAAGUCAUCAAAUGCAAACUGUGUUUUUUUUUCUAUCUUCUCCAGGCCCACCGUAAGCUGGAAGAGCUCCAGAGGCUUUUGCCAUCACAAAAUGUCAAGUACUAUAUCAGUGAGGCCAGCCUGAAGGCCCUUCAGAGAGACAUGGAUGUACCCUUGGAUAGAGGUGACAAAGACUACAGUGUGAAGGAGGAGGAUGAAGUGGAAGAGGACUUAAAUCUAUCCUAAAUGAUCCAAACCUUUCUUUUUGUUGAAUAGUACAAUAUAUUUUCGUAAACAUUUCUAUUCAAAUUCAUGUGUGUCAGAAAACUUAGUUUUCAAGCACAUGGAUAGCAAUAGUGUGUAAAUUGUCAGACUGGGAGUGAAAGUGCAGUUUGUUCUGUUAGAAACAACAACACAAGCUGUGUUGGUAAAAUGAACAUUGGAUGAUCACUGUGAAACCCCAACAGAGGAGAUUCUUGGAGAGAAAGUGACGUAACAUUUUAUUUCAUGUCUAUCUCUAUAACACAUUAUAAAUAUAUGUAUAAUGCAUUAUAAUCAUGUUAUAGCAGUGCAUAACCAUAGUUAUAAACACUCAUAGAGGAUCAUAAUGCUUUAAAGCAAUAAUCACAACACAUUAUAAAGCAUUUUAUCAUGACUUACAAGGUCAAGUAUUAUAAUGAGUUAUCACUGUUAACAACUCACUGACAAUGACCACAUAGAUAAUGCAUUUUAAAUAUAUUUAUAAUGUGUUAUAAUUUGCUUAUAAACUCAUAUAACUGUCAUUAUAAACACUCAUUAAUUAUCAUAAGGCUUUAUAACAAUAAGCAUAAGACACUAUAAUACCUGACCUUGUAAGUCAUGAUAAAAUGCUUUAUGUGUUGUGAUUAUCGCUAUGAAGCAUUAUGAUCAUUUAUGAGUGUUUAUAACUAAAGUUAUACAGUGCUUUAACGUGAUUAUAAUGCAUUAUACAUAUAUUUAUAAUGUGUUAUAGAGAUAGGCGUCAAGUAAAGUGUUACCGAAAGGGACAACACUUCUAAAGACAGUAAACCUAAGAGGAUGGCUUCUACCUCAUUAAAACUAUUUUGGGUACAAAUUUUUAGUGUGACUGUGGACAAUGUGAAAAAUAUUUAAUUUAUUGUAGAGCUGUGAUAAUUUUUAUUUGGAAUUACACAAUAUUUGAAUCAAAAACAGAGGCGUUACAUUCAAAUACAUCCACAUCAAUUAAAAUGUGAACCUCCACCCUAUUUCCAAGGAAUUCCUAUUAAACCUAAAACCUAUUAAACCUUUAACCUAUUAAAACAGCUGAUAAAAAUUCUGUGCACUUAAAUAUUGAGUUAAAGAUUCAGAUAGCUGAAUACAGAUAUUGUUAUUGCCUUUUAGCCAAAAUUAUCUUUAGUUUUGGCUCUCACUGGGGAGUUUGUUUUGGGUUGAUCCCCAUGUUUAUGUGGUUUACACGUGGUUCAAUGUAUUUUUACAGUCAAAUUAUAGUAUAUUAAGUAUGUUCUGUGUCAAAAAACCCCUGUGUACAGCAUUUUGCACCUAUUUUUGAUAACUCAAGUAAGUUUUUACUUGGGAAACAACCUUGUGAAUUUGUGUGUUCUGCCUUUGAAUACAUUAUUUCUACACAUUGCUAUAGCUUACUAUAAUAAAAUAUUUCUUACAUUAAA